AUGGCUGAACCGCCGCCUCAACCUCCGGGACCAAACCAGCGCCGUCCUCGCCAGGAUCGCCGCCUGGAGCUGCUGCUGCUGCUGCUGCUUCUCCCUUUGUUUCGCUUCAGCUUGGGAAAGCCAGCGGGCAGAGGGGGCUUGGGCUGCAUCCACCGGGCGAAGCCGAGCGGUGGUUGGCCGGGCUGCGCUCUCUUCGGGGAACUAAAGGAAACCUCGCCGUCCGCCAGGCUCCGGGAGGACGAUCGGUGCUGCGCGGGCUCCCUCUCGCAACCUCUGGCGGGGCAAAGGAAGAAGAACGGCAGCUUUUCUCGCGGGGGAUCCCUGACCCCACCUUGGGAAAAGAGGACGAUCCGCUGCCCGGUUGGUACCCUGGGACAGCCGGGCAGCGCUUCCCCUUGCUUGUGGAUUAUAAAUGCUUCCGCACUUCUUCCGGAUCCUCCGAGGCCGGCAAGGCUCGGGAAAAGCCGUGCGCGGACUACCUGGGCAUGCCUGGCGAGGCUCGCUGGGGUUGGGGUGGAUUCCGCGCAGAUGGGCGUCUACUCGAGCCCUUCCAAUCAACGCCCUAGGAGGGGCUCGAGCCAGCCGGACAAUGGGGUGUCCAAUGGGAUGAAGGAUCCCUUUCCAAAUCGUUUUAACAGGACUCCAACCCGUCUCCGGCGAUUCCACCUGGGUACAAAGCUAUCUCGCCGCCUUCAGAACUGCACCGACCUCUGCUUGCUGAGGAGCUCCGAGCGCUCGGCCAGCCGAGCUAAGAGAAAAGGCGGCAGUCCCUCCAUGCCUCCGUGGUCCUCGAUUAUGCGACUGGCUUCCUUUUCCCGCCCGGGAGCCCGUUCGCCUUUCUGCAGGUGGUUCACCCUGCUGACCUGCCUUCAGCUCUGCCUGGGGCAACCGCUGCCCCGUGGAAUUUCCCGCAGCUGCUGCUGCGCCGGCGAGUGCUGUGGGAGCAGCCCGGAGCGAUGCUGCCUUUGUACCUGGACCAGAAAAGGCUGGGCGAGAGCCGCUUCGGCGGUUUCAGCAGCUCGGACAGCUCCCUCUGCUUUUCUGGGAGCCAAUCCCAACGUAGACUGGAGAAGGCGCGAGCUCCUCUUCUCUUUCCCUCCAUUCCACUCGACCAAAGGCUGUUUACAAACUCUUUGUUUUGAGGUGAAUUUUAGGAGUCCAUCAAUCCCGGGAUUCUUUCCCUCCCUGCCCUUAAAAGCCCCUCACCCAGCUCCUCAGAGUGAAAUAACCUAUUCCGCGUGUGCCAAGAAGAGGAGCCGAAGAGAAGGGGCGCCUCUGCCCUUGCUGAGGGCUCGGAGGGCAGCCAAUCGUCACCCCCUCUUCCCUCAGUAUAAUUACCAAGUCCAGGUGGCUGAAAACCAGCCUUCAGGCACCCCAGUGAUAACGGUGGCAGCCCAAGACUCUGAUUCGGGGGAAGCUGGGCGGCUAGUCUAUUCCAUGGAUGCUCUGAUGAACAGCAGGUCUCUGGAACUGUUCAGCAUUGAUUCCCAAAAUGGCCUCAUCAGUACCACCGAAGUUUUGGAUAGGGAAAAUAUGGACCUACAUUACUUCCGAGUGACUGCUAUAGAUCAUGGGAUUCCCCGUCUCUCUGCCACCACCAUGGUUGCAAUCACAGUUGCAGAUAGAAAUGACCAUAACCCAGUAUUUGAGCAGAGUGAGUACAGAGAGACGAUCCGGGAAAAUGUAGAAGAAGGCUAUCCCAUUUUGCAGCUGAGGGCCACCGAUGUGGACUCUCCACCCAACGCCCACAUCCGGUAUCGAUUUGUCAAUGAACAAGCCGCUCACUCUGUCUUUGAGAUAGAUUCACGGUCAGGGCUGAUCACUACAAGCGGGCAAGUAGAUAGGGAGAAAAUGGAGAAGUAUUCUUUGGUGGUGGAGUCGAACGAUCAGGGUAAGGAGCCCGGACCUCUGUCCUCCACAGUUAGAGUGUAUAUAACAGUUCUUGAUGAAAAUGACAAUGUCCCACAAUUUAGUGAAAAGCGGUAUAUAGUCCAGGUAAGAGAAGAUAUAAGGCCCCAUUCAGAAAUUUUAAGAGUCACCGCCACUGAUUUAGACAAAGACAACAAUGCUUUAGUUCAUUAUAACAUCAUCAGUGGUAAUAGUAGGGGACAAUUUUCAAUUGACAGUGUGACUGGGGAAAUACAGGUGGUAGCUCCUUUGGAUUUUGAAGUUGAGCGAGAAUAUGCCUUGAGGAUACGUGCCCAGGAUGCCGGACGUCCUCCUUUGUCCAAUAACACCGGCAUGGUUAGCAUCCAAGUAGUGGAUAUUAACGAUCAUGCUCCUAUCUUUGUCAGCACUCCGUUUCAAAUAUCAGUCUUGGAAAAUGCCCCCUUGGGCCAUUCAGUAAUCCACAUCCAGGCCGUGGAUGCGGAUUAUGGAGAGAACUCACGCGUUGAGUACAAGCUCACUGGGGUCGCUUCUGAUACCCCCUUUGUAGUGAACAGUGCCACGGGCUGGAUUACUGUGAGUGGCCCUUUGGAUCGAGAGACUGUUCAGCACUACUUUUUUGGGGUAGAAGCCCGGGACCAUGGCUCUCCCUCUUUAUCCGCUUCCGCUAGUGUCACCAUCACUGUCAUGGAUGUAAACGAUAACCGGCCCGAAUUUACCCAGAAAGAAUAUCUCAUUCGCCUCAACGAAGACGCUGCGGUGGGGACUAGUGUCCUUAGUGUAACAGCAAUUGACCGGGAUGUGAAUAGUGCCAUCAGCUAUCAGAUAACAGGUGGGAACACACGGAACCGUUUUGCUAUCAGCACUCAAGGAGGAGUGGGAUUAAUCACCCUCUCUUUGCCCCUGGAUUACAAACAAGAGAGGCGAUUUGUGCUAACAGUGACAGCCUCUGACCGGACCCUGCACGACAACUGCCAUGUUCAUAUCAACAUUACGGAUGCCAACACCCACAGGCCGGUGUUCCAGAGUGCCCAUUAUUCAGUAAGCGUUAAUGAGGACCGUCCAAUUGGCAGCACGGUGGUGGUGAUCAGUGCCACAGAUGACGAUGUGGGAGAAAAUGCCAGGAUUACCUACUACUUGGAAGACAAUAUCCCCCAGUUUCGGAUUGAUGCAAACACGGGCGCCAUCACCCUGCAGGCAGAGCUGGAUUAUGAGGACCAGGUCACCUACACCCUGGCCAUCACCGCGAAAGAUAACGGGAUCCCCCAGAAAGCAGAUACAACCUAUGUGGAAAUCAUGGUGAAUGAUGUCAAUGACAAUGCCCCUCAGUUUGUGAGUGCUCACUACCAGGGUGUCAUCUCCGAGGACAGCCCUCCCUUCACAAGUGUGCUCCAGAUCUCUGCCACUGACAGGGACGCCCACGCCAAUGGACGGGUGCAAUACACGUUCCAGAACGGAGAGGACGGGGAUGGGGAUUUCAUUAUUGAGCCCACCUCUGGGAUUAUUCGAACUAUCCGCAGGUUGGACCGGGAAAGCAUUCCUGUUUACGAACUCACUGCCUAUGCUGUGGACAGGGGGAUGCCUCCCCAAAGAACCCCUGUCCACAUCCAAGUGUCGGUGCAAGAUAUUAAUGACAACGCUCCGGUUUUUCCGGCCGAGGAGUUUGAAGUCUUUGUGAAGGAAAAUAGCAUUGUGGGUUCUGUCGUGGCCCAAAUCACAGCCCUGGAUCCAGAUGAAGGACCCAAUGCCCAGAUUAUGUACCAAAUUGUGGAAGGCAAUAUCCCUGAGAUCUUCCAGAUGGACAUAUUUUCGGGUGAGCUCACUGCCCUCAUUGAUUUGGAUUAUGAGACCAAGCCUGAGUAUGUCAUUGUGGUUCAGGCCACUUCCGCCCCGCUUGUCAGCAGAGCUACAGUCCACAUGAAACUCAUUGACCAGAAUGAUAACACUCCCGUUCUGAAAAACUUCCAGAUCCUCUUUAACAACUAUAUCUCCAACAAAUCCAACACCUUUCCUUCCGGUGUGAUAGGGAAGAUCCCUGCUUAUGACCCAGAUGUGUCUGAUAAGCUGUUUUACACCUUUGAACGCGGAAAUGAACUGCACUUGUUAAUUGUCAACCAGACCAGUGGAGAACUCCGACUCAGCCGUAAACUGGACAACAAUCGUCCCUUAGUAGCCUCCAUGUUGGUGACUGUCACAGAUGGGAUCCACAGUGUGACAGCCCAGUGUGUCCUGCGUGUCAUUGUCAUCACUGAAGACAUGUUGGCAAACAGUAUCACAGUACGCCUAGAGAACAUGUGGGAGGAGCGUUUCUUGUCACCUCUUCUCGCCAACUUCCUAGAGGGUGUGGCUACUGUGCUGGCCACACCCAAGGAGGAUGUCUUCAUCUUCAACAUCCAGAAUGACACAGACGUCGGAGGACAAGUGCUGAAUGUCAGUUUCUCGGCAAUGUCGCCCCGGAGUGGCCACUUUUUUAGUUCAGAAGAGCUUCAGGAACAGCUAUACAUGAAACGCAUGACCCUCACCUCAGUCUCCAUGCUGGAAGUAUUGCCCUUCGAUGACAAUGUUUGCCUUCGUGAACCCUGCCAAAACUACAUGAAGUGCAUCUCGGUGCUCAGGUUUGACAGCUCAUCUCCUUUCAUUGCCUCCCUGUCCACCCUCUUCCGACCUAUCCACCCUAUCACAGGCUUGCGCUGCCGCUGCCCUCAAGGCUUCACUGGCGAUUACUGUGAAAUGGAGAUUAACCUCUGCUAUUCCAACCCCUGCCUCAAUGGCGGAAUCUGCACCCGCAAGGAAGGAGGUUACACCUGCAUCUGCCGCCAGCACUUCACAGGUGACAACUGUGAAGUGGAUAGUCGGGCAGGACGUUGUGUUCCUGGAAUAUGUAGGAAUGGAGGCACUUGCACCAACUCUGCCGAUGGAGGCUUCCAAUGUCAAUGUCCACCCGGAGGCUUUGAAAAACCAUUUUGUGAAGUAUCUGUACGCUCUUUUCCUCCCAAAUCUUUUGUCAUGUUUCGAGGUUUGCGCCAGAGGUUCCACCUGAGCCUUUCUCUUUCAUUUGCCACUGUAGAGCGUGGUGGUCUCUUAAUUUACAAUGGACGUCUGAAUGAGAAACACGACUUUCUGGCUAUAGAGAUUGUUGAUGGGCAGGUCCAGUUGAAGUACUCUACAGGGGAAUCAAGCACUGUUGUUUCUCCAUCUGUACCAGGAGGGGUUAGUGACGGUCAGUGGCACACGGUGCAACUUCAUUAUUACAACAAGCCCAAAAUAAACUCCCUGGGUUCAGUGCAAGGACCUUCCACAGACAAAGUGGCCAUUCUAACAGUGGAUAAAUGUGAUACAUCUCUGGCCCUACAGUUUGGCAAUGAGAUUGGGAACUAUUCCUGCGCAGCAGAGGGAGUACAGUCCAGUUCCAAAAAAUCUCUGGACCUUACAGGGCCUUUGCUGCUUGGAGGGGUCCCCAAUCUGCCUGAAAAUUUUCCAGUGGAGCACAGAGAGUUUGUGGGCUGUAUGAGAGAUUUAUACAUUGAUAGUAAACACAUUGACCUGGCAUCCUAUAUUGCAAACAAUGGGACCUCCAUAGGUUGUCAUGCCAAACACUCCUUCUGUGAUUCAAAUCCAUGCAAGAACAGUGGCACCUGUAUUGUGGGCUGGUCUUCCUUUAUAUGUGAGUGUCCCAUAGGCUUUGGAGGCAAGGACUGCAGACAUGCUAUGCAUCAUCCUCACCAUUUCCAUGGCAACAGCAUCCUUUUCUGGGACUUCAGGAAUGAAGUUAAGAUUUCUACACCUUGGUAUAUGGGCCUAGCAUUCCGGACACGCCAGGCAAAUGGAGUGUUACUUCAGGCCAAUGCUGGCCAGUACACAACCAUACUAUGUCAGCUGGAGUCGGGCCUGCUCUCCUUUAUGGUGAAUAGGGGACCUGGACGCACUGCCAAGAUUCUUCUGGAUCAAAUGCCGUUGAAUGAUGGAGUGUGGCAUGACCUCCAAUUCCAUCUACAAGAUGCUCGAAGUGGCCAUGAGGCACGUUACAUUAUCACCCUCAGUCUGGAUUUUGGAUUCUACCAGGAUACUGUGGUCAUUGGCAAUGAGCUUCAAGGCCUGAAGGUGAAACAUCUGCAUGUUGGGGGAAUCCUAGAGUCUGGUAAAGUGCAUCAUGGUUUCAAAGGCUGCAUCCAGGGAAUUCAUCUAGGUGACACAGCCCUGGGAAAUGCACUGCCCAAGCCCGGCAGCACUGUGAAUGUAGAGGCAGGAUGUACUGUGCCCAACCCUUGUGAAUCCAACCCUUGUCCUGCCAACAGUAUAUGUCAGGAUCAGUGGCAAAGCUUCUCCUGUGUAUGCAAGCCAGGAUAUUAUGGUGGGAGUUGCCUGGAUGCCUGUCAGCUGAACCCCUGCAAGAACAAGGCAAUGUGUAAGCGAAAGCCAGGUGCUCCCCAUGGUUAUAUCUGUGAGUGCGGAGAAAAUCACUUUGGACAGUACUGUGAGCACAGGAUGGAUCAACAGUGUCCCAAGGGCUGGUGGGGGAAUCCAACAUGUGGGCCCUGCAACUGCGAUGCAGCCAAGGGAUUUGACCCGGACUGUAAUAAAACCAACGGGCAAUGUCAUUGUAAGGAAUUCCAUUACCACCCGAAAGGGAGCGACACCUGCCUGCCUUGUGACUGCUAUCCCGUUGGCUCUUCCUCACGGUCCUGUGAUCAGGAAAUGGGUCAAUGUCACUGUCGGCCAGGUGUGAUCGGCCGACAAUGCAACAGUUGUGAUAAUCCUUUUGCAGAGGUGACUCCCAGUGGCUGCCGGGUACUCUAUGAUGCUUGUCCUAAGUCUCUGAAAGCUGGGGUAUGGUGGCCUCAAACCAAGUUUGGCCUGCCAGCUAUACUGCCUUGCCCAAAAGGUUCACAAGGUUUGCGAGGUACAGGUGCAGCGGUUCGAUAUUGUGACCAGGAGAGAGGCUGGCUGGAACCGGAUCUGUUCAAUUGCACUUCCCCUGCUUUUAAGGAGCUCUCAACAUUGCUGGAAAGCCUGGAGAAGAACGAAACAGAACUGAACACCAUAGAAGCAAAAAAGCUGGCCCAUCAACUACGGGCAGUGACGGAACAGAUGGAGUCUUACUUUGGGAAUGAUAUUCAUAUUACCUACCGCCUGCUUUCUCACUUGAUGGCCUUUGAGAGCAGACAGCAUGGUUUUGGACUGACUGCUACCCAGGAUGCUCACUUCAAUGAGAACCUCCUCCAGGCUGGCAGUUCAGUUCUGGCGUUGGAAAACCAGGAGCACUGGGACACGUUGUUGCAAAAUGAUCAGGGAACUGCAGCUCUGAUGGAACAGCUGAAGGACUACUCAGGCACUUUGGCCAGCAACAUGAAGCUCACCUACCUCAAUCCUGUUGGUGUGGUGACCCCCAAUAUUGUGCUCAGCAUUGAUCGCAUGGAGAAUCACACCCAUCUCAGAAGACGCUACCCACGUUAUCACAGUACCCUCUUCCGUGGCCAAGCCAUGUGGGAUCCCCACACACACAUAGUCCUCCCUCACUCCGUCCUUACCCCCCGCAAAAUAGAAGUUCCCACCAUGACAAUAACUGCAUCAAUUAAUACUGAGACCAAUGUCACAAUGGAAAGUCCUCCCCCAAGGCAUUCUGUCCAAGAACCUGAGCCUGCUAUCACCAUCCUCAUUCUCAUCAUUUAUCGCACUCUUGGUGGACUUUUGCCUGCCCGCUACCAGGUGGAUCGGCGCAACCUCAGGUUGCCCAAAAACCCUGUGAUGAACUCCCCCAUUGUGACUGUGUCUCUGUUCAGCAACCACACUUUUCUGCAGAACAAUUUGGAGGAGCCACUCAUGCUAGAAUUCCGCCUGCUUGAGACAGCCAACCGCAGCAAGCCCCUCUGCGUUCAAUGGAAUCACUCUAGCCAGAUUGAGCCCACUGGUUUCUGGACAGCACGGGAUUGUGAACUUGUGCACCGAAACACCACUCAUGUCCGCUGCCAUUGCUCCCAAUUUGGUACUUUUGGGGUGCUGAUGGACAGCUCCCACCGAGAGCAACUGGAAGGUGACUUGGAGACGCUGGCCAUUGUGACUUAUUCCUUGACAUCUCUUUCUCUUCUAUGUCUGCUGCUGACCUUCUUCUUUCUGAUAUGCCUGAAAGGACUCAAGUCCAAUACUCGGGGAAUCCAUUGCAAUAUUUCUGUCACUCUCUUCUUCUCUGAGUUGCUGUUCCUCUUCGGUAUCAAUCGUACUGAAAAUCAGUUCUUCUGCACUGUGAUCGCUAUCCUGUUGCACUACUUCUUUCUCUCUACUUUCGCUUGGCUCUUUGUGCAAGGCCUUCAUAUUUACCGCAUGCAAACUGAAGCUCGCAACAUUAACUAUGGAGCUAUGAGGUUCUAUUAUGCCAUUGGCUGGGGGGUCCCCGCCAUAAUCACUGGAUUAUCAGUUGGUUUGGAUCCAGAAGGCUAUGGGAACCCAGAUUUCUGCUGGAUUUCCAUCCAUGACAAACUGAUUUGGAGUUUUGCAGGGCCCAUAGCUCUUGUCGUUCUGAUGAAUGGGGUUAUGUUUCUUCUGGUGGCAAAGAUGCUGUGCUCACCAGGACAAAAGGAAGCCAAGAAGAAAGCUGUGCUCAUGAUGAUGCGAAGCUCCUUCGUUCUGCUUCUAGUUAUUAGCACUGCUUGGCUCUUUGGUCUCUUGGCUAUCAACAACAGUGUCCUGGCUUUCCACUACCUCUACACUGUCCUCUGCAGUCUUCAGGGUUUGGCAACACUGAUUCUAUUCUGUGCAGUGAACAAGGAGUUCCUGGAAGCCUGGAAAGGGGCUUGCCUGGCUAAGAAAGGCGAAGAAGCCCCCAGAAGUGGCCAGGGCCACAAUGCCUACAACAACACAGCACUAUUUGAGGAGAGUGGCCUUAUUCGUAUCACUCUGGGAGCCUCCACAAUCUCGUCUGUUAGCAGUGUGCGCUCAGGCCGUACUCAUUCUAGCCAGCGGGGCUACCUCAGAGAGAACAUGAUAGCACAUCAAGGCUCGGCUCUGGAUCACAAUUUGCUCAACCAUGCUGGCCCCACUGACCUUGACGUAGCCAUGUUCCAUCGUGAUGCAGGUCCAGAUCAAGACUCUGAUUCAGACAGUGACCUCUCCCUGGAUGAAGAACGCAGCCUCUCAAUUCCCUCUUCAGAGAGUGAGGAAAAUGUGCAUCUCCGGAGCAGAUUCCAGCGUCCGUUCAAAAGGGCAGCCCACAGUGAGAGGCUCCUCACCAACCCUAGUGACACUGCACCAAAAGAUGUGGAUGGUAAUGAUCUGAUGUCCUAUUGGCCAGCACUGGGAGAAUGUGAGGUCCACCCCUGUUCUCUCCAGAAAUGGGGCUCCGAGAGGAAGCUUGGAUUUGAUGUUAAUAAGGAUACGGCCAACAAUAACCAGCCAGACUUGGCUUUAACCAGUGGGGAUGAGAACUCUCUCACUCAGACCCAACGGCAGAGAAAAGGCAUCCUGAAGAAUCGCCUCCAGUACCCUCCAGCUUUGCAAGGCCUUUCAUCUGUGGGCAGAAUGACCAAUGAUCUUUCCUGGUACAAAACCUCCACCUUGGGCCACAGGGCAGUCCCGGCUGCUUCUUAUGGCAGAAUCUAUUCAGGAACAGGCAGCCUCUCACAGCCAGCAAGUCGUUACUCGUCCCGGGAGCAGCUUGAUCUGUUGAUGAGAAGGCAGAUAUCCAGAGAUCAGCUGAGCAGAAACACCUCUGGAGAAUGCCUAGAAAAUAUGGCAAGCAGGCACAGGUCCCGGGAACAAUUGGAUGCCAUUAUGAACAGGCCUGGGUCAAGGGAGCCCCUGGACACAAUCCUCGAUCAACAUGGAUCUAGAGAACACCUUGCAAGCAUACCCAGCAGGCAUGGGUCUAGAGAAAAAGUAGGUGAAAUAGCUACUGAACGUGAUCCAAGAGAUCACAGGAACACUCUACCCAGAAGGCAGACAUCUAGAGACCAUCUGGAUUCUUUACCCUGUAGAUUUGGGUCACGAGAACAGCUAGACUGCGGUGGAGCAGUAAGAGAAAUCUCUAGAGAAUGGCUUAAUACAAUGCCCCUUAGGCAGGCCUCUAGAGAUCGAAUGGACACCUUGCCAGCCCGAGAUACUUCUCGAGAACAGUUGGAUCUGCUUUUUAGAGGGCAACCUUCAAGGGACCAACUAACAUCAGCUAGGCAUACUUCAAGAGAGCAUCUGGACAUAGUGCCUGGCAGGCAGGAUCCUUGGGAAAAUAUUGAGCCUCUUUCUAGGCAGCAACCAUCUAGAGAAAAUCUUGAACUUCUCUCCAGAAGACCAUCUUCUAGAGAAAAUCUAGAAGCAAUCCCUAGCCGUCACCCUUCCACAGAACAAUUAGACAUCCUUUCUUCUAUCCUAGCCUCUUUUAACUCUUCGGCUUUGUCAUCAGUGCAGUCAUCCAGUACUCCCUCAGGCCCACAGACUACCCCCACCCCUUCUGUGGCACAGGCAUCUUCUACACCUUCCAUGCCAUGCACUUCACCACCUCGGUCUGCAACAUCCCACAGCAUUUCCGAGCUGUCACCAGAUUCUGAAUUAACAAGAAGUGAGGGUCAUUCCUGAGGGGCCCAGCUGCUGUGAGAAGAACCAAGGGGCACUGCAGGACCAGGCACUUCCAGCAGAGGACCAGGAUCCCUCAGAGGGCCUACAAGAAAGAAAGAAGAGAGGCUUUGUGCAAGCAGAGACCAACUAUGCUCUCCUCCAGCAUUCAGUGGUGGAGAAUUUGGUGGGAUGAGAAUCAGCACGAUGCACUCACUGGACUGUGGAAAAAAGGUGUCUGGGUGCUACAGGGCCCCUCUCCCCAUUCAAAGGGACACCCUGAUGGGAAGGAGGGAAGCUACCACACCAUGGGCAAAAUAGCAUCUCCAAACUGGACCAACUGAAAUCUUCCUUUCCAAAACCAUUUUUCUGUACUCUGUGCAAACACGACAGGGUGGGAUGGCUGCAAGAUGUGGGCGCGGGAAGGGUUUUAUACAUUUUUGUAUCUUUGUAAUCAGAGAGAAGAGAAAUUUCUAUGGUUAUUUUUACGGUUCUUAUGUUCCCAUUGUUGUGAUGCUGAUCUUAUUUUCUAGCUGUCCAUGAUGCAUUUGGACUGUGGCAUGAGGCGAUGUUAUGCAGCCUUUCCCGAUAAAGCUCAAGGCAGAAAAAUGGAGGGACCUUUUCUUGCAGACUUUUUUUCAGGUUGUGUGUUAGGUUGGUCUUGUUGAAUGUCUAUAUCUUAUCUCCUCAUGAGCCAGCAGUAAGUGGCAAGUAUUGUGCUGGGACAAGGGUAUUCUCACUACUAAAUUAAGUCAGCGCAUUUGUAACUGAGUUCUAGGAUCUUAUUUGCUUUGUCAUAUAUUCCCAGUCUAACAAGCCUGGGACCCAAAACAGCUUUGUAUACUUUCUAAUGCUAGAACAAUUACACAUUUUGGCAACCUCAUGUAUUUAUAUAUUCUAACAGAGUUGUAUUGAUACUCUUCCUGGAGUGUCUAUUGUAUUAGCAGGGUGGAAUCAGACAUAUUUUUGAACUUGGCCUUAGUUGAAAUUUGAUUUGGCACUGGAUGCUGUCUUUGAAACACACAUGAAAGUAAGUUUUUUUUAAUAUUUUUUUUUAAUUUGAGUCUAUUUUCCUCCUCCUCUCUAGCAAACGUUUUACCCCCAAAACAAACGCCUGCAUCUGGUAACU